GGAACUGUGUAUGGCAGUGCUGACGCUGGACACCACAGUAGAGAGAGAGUCUGAUGAUGAGAGAGAGAGAGAGAGAGAGAAUCACAGGUUCCGGAAAGGAAGAGGGCAAAGCACACGGAACUAUCUUCAUUUGUUUAGUUGAAUUGGUUGGCCAACCCCAGAAUUAAUUGGGAGUAUUCCUUGGACGCGACUCCUCUGUCUUGACUCGAUCCUCUCUCUCUCUCUCCCCUCCUUCCCUCACCUUGCUCUCUCUCUCUCUCUGCGUUUAAUGCCUGAAACUUUCAGAUGCCAACCACUAAAAGCUGAGCCGUAAGCAAAACAGUGCCCACUCAGAGAGGGAGAGAGAAGAUGGGUGGUUCGAGCCCAUUCAAAGACCAGAAUAAGCAACACUCGACGACGACGACCUUCUUCUCCUUCUGGAGGUUCUUGCCUUACACCAUCUACGCCAUCCUUCCCUUAGCUCUCUUCCGCUUGCACUUCUACCCUCUUCCUCGCUCCGACCACAUCCUCGUCGUGCCUUCUCUCUCCUCCCCCCGUCAAGCUGAAAAAACAGAAGCCGGAGGCAAUGCAGUCCCUGAAGCCCCUCCUCCUCCUCCUGCUCCCUGUGACUACGCCAGUGGCAAGUGGGUCCCCGACAAGUCGGCCCCUCUAUACAAUGGGACGACUUGUGGCGCGAUAAAGGAUAGCCGGAAUUGCAUGGUGCACGGCAGGCCUGAUUUGGACUACCUCUAUUGGAGGUGGAAGCCCCAUCAAUGCCACCUACCCAGGUUUCAACCGACCAAAUUUCUCCAACUUGUCAGGAACAAAAAUGUCGCCUUCGUCGGUGACUCCCUGGCCAGGAACCAGCUAGAGUCUCUCGUCUGCAUGCUGUCCUCUGUUUCUGACCCAACCCUAGUGUAUAGUGAUGGAUGGGUCGACAAAUUUAGGAAGUGGAAUUUCCCCGGUCACAACAUGACCAUUUCGGCAUACUGGUCACCUUUUCUAGUUAAGGGUGAGGAGAAUUUCCCCGAUUACAACAAGUUGUAUUUGGACUCUGUGAAUGAGAGGUGGGCAGGCGACUUGGGUUCGCUGGACAUGGUGGUCCUGUCGGUCGGGCAUUGGUUUGUUCAUCCUGCUGUGUAUUUCGAGGGUGGUUCUGCCCUGGGUUGCCACUACUGCUCCGGCUUGAACUAUACCGAAAUCGGUUUCUACGACGUGUUGAGGAAGGCCUUGAGGACUUCGCUUAAGGCCCUGAUUGCUAGGACCAGGGCCAGUGGUAGAGCCAUGGAUGUGUUCGUGACGAUGUUUCCGCCAGCGCAUUUUGAGGGCGACUGGGACAAGUUCGGUUCUUGUCCGAAGACGAAGCCUUAUAAGGAAGGUGAAAAGUUGCUCGAAGGAAUGGAGGCGGAGAUGAGAAAAAGUUUGGCGGAGGAAGUGGAGGCUGCAAAAGCGGAUGCGAGGGAUUUCUCAGGGAUUAGGCUCGAGGCCUUGGACAUAACCAAAUUGUCGUUGAUGCGGCCGGACGGCCAUCCGGGCCCAUACAUGCACCCGUUCCCGUUCGCCGACGGGGUGAAGGACCGCGUGCAGAAUGACUGCGUGCAUUGGUGCUUGCCAGGGCCCAUAGACACAUGGAACGCGAUACUGUUAGAGGCGAUCAAGAGAUGGAGCAGAGCGGCGGAGAGAUGAUCAGGUAGGUGAUCUCCAUGUCAAGCAAGCACGAUGAAUGAAAUUUUCAUCCGAUAGACUC